GAAACCCUCGCGACCGUUUCAAAGUCCCACUCACCACUUACCCCAGAAACUCCCACUCCCCUUCUCUGACACAAAAAUCCAUGGCCGACGAGAGCACAAACAAAUCGAUCAUGGAGCCGAAGUUCUCGCACCCACUUCACCAAAUAGCUCAGUCUCCGAGCCACAAGCUUCUCCUGAAGCAAUGGCUGAAAGAAGAAGAGCUAAUCCUCAACAGGGUCUCUCUCAAGGAGUCCCAAAUCGACUCAGUUCGAAAGGAGAUCACGAUGCUCUUCAUCUUCUUCUUCCUCUUCCACUCCACGGCUCUCACCCUUCUCUUCAGUUCCUCGUCGCGGGAUCCGCACGGGUUCGCGUGCCGCAGGUCCUGGAUCCCGUCGCUCUGCUCUCUCUGCUUCUCGCUGGGGAUCAUUUGGGCGACAAGGUAUAAAAGCGACACGGAGGGGCACCUGGAGAAGUUGUUGGAGAGAGAAAAGGAGGAUAAGAACCUGCUGGGAAAGUGCAUUGAGGAGCUGAAGAAGAAGGGGUUGGAGUUCGAUUUGUUGAAGGAGGUCGACGCGCUGAGGAGGGCCAAGAGUUUGAUAGUCGAAGCGAAGGCGGUGAGGAAGUGGAAUGCGAGGGAUUUUGUGACUCUGUUUUUCUUCACUGUGUCUUGCUUUGUGAUCAUUGUCACCAGAUUUAUUUUGUGUAACUAGGAAGGUCGAAAUCGGGGAUUAGAUUGGUUAAUUAUUGGGUUUUGGAUAAGUGGUGGGGGAAGAAAUUGGUUGCAGAAUGUUUUGUUCUGCUAUUUGUAAUUCCGGGAAUUUACAUUGGCAUAGUUAUGAAACAAAUCUGGAUGACUGCUUA